AUGUCUGACGCUGGUAGAAAGAACUUCUCUGACAAGCUAAACGAAGGUUUGACCCCAGACUCUCAAAAGUCUACUUGGGACAAGGGUAAGGAAUUCGUCACUGACGAAACCGACAAGCUUGCUGGUAAGUUCCAAGGUGAGGAAAACAAGGGUGUUGCCCAAGGUAUGCAUGACUCCGCUCAAAAGGGUGCCGAUGAAGCUAACGCUGAAUCCUACGCAGACACUGCUAGAGAAUACAUGGAUGCUGCUAAGUCCAAGUUGAACGAUGCCGUCGAAUACGUCUCCAAGUCUGUUCACGGUGGUGAAAAAUAA